CAACUUUAAAAACUUGAGUGUUUUUUUUAAGGAUUUAAAAAUCUGAGUGUCCGCACACAAAAUUAAAAGUGAAAUGAACACUUCCCACCACCGUCACUCUACAUCGUCGCCACCCGUUCCCGGCGAAUCAAAACAAAACCCAACAACAGCAUGGAACUGUUACCUCCGAGAACUCUCAAAGCAAAGAAAAUUCAUGGAAGCAUUAACCGUAUACCGUCACAUGCUCCGUUCAUCCUUCUUCCCCAACACAUUCACGUUCCCCGUCCUCCUCAAAUCCUGCGCCCUCCUCUCCCUCCCCUUCACCGGUUCCCAGCUCCAUUCCCACAUCCUCAAAACCGGGUCUCAACCCGACCCGUAUACCCACUCUUCCCUCAUCAACAUGUACUCCAAAACCUCACUUCCUUGCCUUGCACGUAAGGUGUUUGAUGAAAGUCCUGUAAACCUUACAAUCUCUUAUAAUGCCAUGAUUUCCGGGUACACUAAUAAUAUGAUGAUCGUUGAAGCGAUUAAGCUUUUUCGGAGAAUGUUAUGUGAGAAUCGGUUUUUUGUUAAUUCGGUUACAAUGUUGGGUUUGGUUUCGGGUAUUUUGGUACCGGAGAAGUUAAGACUUGGUUUUUGUUUACAUGGUUGUUGUUUUAAGUUUGGUUUUGAGAAUGAUUUGUCGGUUGGGAAUAGUUUUUUGACGAUGUAUGUUAAGUGUGGGGAAGUGGAGUAUGGGCGGAAGGUGUUUGAUGAGAUUUUGGUUAAGGAUUUGAUUACGUGGAAUGCGAUGAUUUCGGGGUAUGCGCAAAAUGGGCAUGCGAGGAGGGUUUUGGAGAUUUAUCGUGAGAUGAGGAAGGUGGGUGGGGUGAAUCCUGAUCCCGUUACGCUGCUUGGUGUUUUGUGUUCUUGUGCGAAUCUUGGUGCGCAAGGAAUUGGAAGGGAGGUGGAAAAGGAAAUUGAUCGAUUUGGGUUUCGUUCGAAUUCUUUUUUGAUGAAUGCUUUGAUUAAUAUGUAUGCUAGGUGUGGUAAUUUGGUUCGUGCUCGUGAGGUUUUUGAUUGUAUGGAUGAGCGGAGUAAGAGUGUUGUAUCUUGGACUGCUAUUAUAGGCGGGUAUGGGAUUCAUGGGGAAGGUGAGACUGCGGUGGAGCUUUUCGAUGUAAUGGUUAGGUCAGGCGUGAAGCCGGAUCGAACUGUUUUCGUUAGUGUUCUUUCAGCUUGUAGUCAUGCUGGGUUGACUGAGAAAGGGUUGGAGUAUUUUGAUGAGAUGGAGAGGAAGUACGGUUUGCAGCCUGGUCCCGAGCAUUAUUCCUGCUUGGUUGAUCUUUUGGGUCGGUCUGGUAGGUUGAAGGAAGCAAUGGAUCUCAUAGACUUGAUGAAGGUGAAACCGGAUGGUCCUGUUUGGGGAGCACUUCUUGGUGCUUGCAAGAUUCAUAGAAACGUAGAAUUAGCAGAAGUGGCUUUUCAACAUGUUAUUGAGCUUGAACCUACAAAUAUAGGUUACUAUGUUUUGCUGUCAAAUUUGUACUCUGAUACUAAAAACUUAGAGGGGGUUUUGAAAGUUCGAGUCAUGAUGAGGGAUCGAAACCUUAGAAAGGAUCCCGGUUGCAGUUAUGUCGAAUAUAAAGGAAAAAUGCACCUUUUUUACUCUGGGGAUACAAGUCAUCCCCAAAGCAAGGAAAUAUAUAGAAUGUUGAAUGAAUUGGAAAAUCUUGUGAAGGAUAUUCAUGGAAAAGACCACAAGUGUCAGGGUAAGAGUGAAGAACCGUUAAUUGGUGCUGGCGUGCACAGUGAAAAAUUAGCAAUUGCUUUUGCUCUGUUGAACACUAAGCCUGGAACAGAUAUUACUGUCAUGAAAAAUCUGCGAGUGUGUGUGGAUUGUCAUGUAUUCUUUAAGUUGGUUAGUAAGAUUGUCGAUCGCCAAUUUAUUGUUAGAGAUGCCACUCGCUUUCACCGUUUCAAGAAUGGUGUCUGUUCUUGCAAGGACUACUGGUAAAGAAAAAAUCAUUGCAGCACAGAAAUAUUUAUGAAACUACGAUGUAUUUUGAUGGACAUCAAAAUACGUCUAGAAAAAACAGGGUUAGUUGAUUGUAGCUGUUGGUGAGCGAGGAGGACUAAAAUGAGAUAUGUUGAUUAAUUCUUGAUAAUUGUUUGAAUACUGAAAGGAUGAAUGCAAUUAUAACACAUGAUUUGCAAUUCAUGCUGAAAGUUAUGUGGAUGGCAUUCAUCAUUUGCUGACAUAGCUUAUAGUGCAACAAUGCUGUGUCCACAAAGACUUGGUUAUAUAAUACUCUAGAAAAAACAGGGUUCAGUUUUUCUGCAAAAUUCUGUAGAAAUUCAGGGGAGAGAUUUCAUUGGGAUUAUUGUUCCUUUCCAUUCACAUCAUUCUUUUGGAAGUGUCCUACAAAGGAGAGGCUGACCAACCUUUCUUCCCCCACUCCCUUGCCAGACCUCUUCAAUUGCGUUGUACCUGAAAUAUCACCUCCAAUUUUGUCCACCCCACAAAUAGAUUAACCAGUCCAAUUGAUGUUGUAAAGAAAAAUUCACAAGGUGUUUUUCAGUUUAUAGUAAUUGUUUUUUGGUGGAAGUUUUUCAGUUUAUAGAUGACUGACAUCAAAAGUUGAGAAAUGAGGAAUAAUUUGCCAAUGCUGGUGAAAAUUUUGCGGUAGAUCCAAAGGCCUUAGAGUUAAUGUUGGGUUUUCAGAUUUUCUAUCAACUACUAAUAUGAAAAAUUGAAAAUGUUUUUACUACUGGUUGUGAAAUCUUUCUACUAUAUAUUUGAAAUCUAUCUACUAUAGUAUGAAAUGUUUUUAUUGCAAGUACUAUUCCACAGGCUUUAGAGUUAUGUUGGGUGUAUUUAUUUAUUUAUUUAUUUUGUUUUGAAAGGAUUGGUGUAUUUGAUUAUUACGUGUAUCUUAAACAAAUUAAUGAAAGUGUGAUAAAAAUUAUAAUACGCUAAUGAUG